AUGUGCUUUCUAAAAUAUAAUAAACAACAUCAAAAUGCAAAUUUGGCCACGAGCAUUCCAUAUAACAACAUUAAAUAAGUAAAAACCCGCCGUGUGGAAUCUUGGGAACCCGCUAUCAAAAUUUACAAAAAAUGCGCUUGGACAUAAAUUUACUCUUCGUAUUAAAUUUCUGCUAAACCAGACAAAAAUUCAAGCUUCUUGCGGCCGUAGAAGACUAAUCAAGAAAUUGGUGUAUAUCACGUCAUUCACCGAUUUGGGCCAUAUUUACCACGCAUGUUGGAUGUCAUUACAGAACAUUACGUAGAAAUGUUCAGCCAAAUCGGAUAGCAAUUGCUACUUCUCGGUUAGGUUAGAGACGGAAUUAAAUGGUACUUGACUCGGUUGUUGGAAAUCAUAGCAGAAGUCUUUGUGUCAAAUUUCAGCGAAAUUAGAUGAACAUUGUAGGUUCUAGGGGCCCAAGAAGUCAAAUGCAGGAACCGGUUUGCAUAUAUAGUGUAAGUUUAUUGACUGAUUGGAAUCAUACUCGGCAAUGAUGCUGGAAGUUAGAACAGAAGUCCUUAUGCCAAGUUGAUAUAGGCCCCUUAAAAAGCAAUUCCCCGAUAUGGUCUUAGACCAAAGCAGCCGCAAUCAAUUCCUGAUUUGGUUGUUGUAAAAAUAUUCAGAUACGAAUUGAGUUAUUAAAGGCAUAUUCUGAGCGGAAUCCAUGGUGGUGGAUACGUAAGAUGCGGCCCGGCCGAGCUUUCUCUAACGGAAUUCAAAAUUAUUGUUCCUUUUGGAUUUACUGAGUAUUUCUACAGCGGUUCAAGGUAUUGUAAAAUAGUGAAUUUGUUUGUAACACCCAGAAGGAAAAGAGAUGGACCCAUUGAUAAGUAUACCGAUCGUCUCAGAAUCACUUUCUGAUUCGAUAUAGCUAUGUCCGUCGGUCUGUCUAUCUGUCCGUCUGUCCAUGUUAAUUUGUGUGCAAAGUUGAGGUCGCAAUUUUCAUCCGGUCGUCUUCAAAUUUGGCACGUGCAUUUUCUUCGGCCUAGAGACGAAGCCUAUUGAAAUUGGAAAAAAUCAGUUCAAAAAUCAGAUUUGGCUAUAGCUUCCAUAUAUAUGUUCGUCCGAUUUGCACUAAAAUUGCAAUAAAGUGCUCAUUUGUAAACCGAUUCCCACGAAAUUUUGCACGAGGGAUUCUCCUAUAAGCCUCAACAUUAUUGGUGAAGUUCAUAGAAAAUGGUUCAGAUUUAGAUAUAACUCCCUUAUAUGUUCGUCCGAUUUGGACUAGUAUUGCAAUAAUUUGGUCAUUUGUUAACCGAUCCACACGAAAAUUGGCGCAAAGGAUUCCCUUAUGACUCCCGGUAUUGUGAGAUAACACAACAAAAACUGAAUCUCAUAAUUGUGGCAUCACUGAUCACAUGGCAAAUGUGCGGCUGGCUACUUGCCCUUCCUACAGCCCGCUGUGUUUCCAUAUCGAAAAAUCUGGAAAAAUCUAAAAGUGGCCCCCCAUCAAGAGUUAUCGGAGCUUCUGACCAAGUGCCUAGAAGCUCCAUAUUGUAGUAACAGUUGGCUCCAAAACUUCAAAAUUCUACUUAAUAAUUUGGAAAGAUAUUUAGUAACAAUGAAUGCACAAAUCUCCGCGUUUUGUUGAAAUUGUGGCUAUGGCUAUGGCUAUAUCAUUUCAUUUGAAUACACGUCCAAUGGAAAAAUUAUUGCCCAAUUCAGGGGCAUUAUAAAUCGCGAUAACGUCGUAACUAAAAUCGACAACCUAUUCAUGCUUGUGCCCCACUAUCAUGCUAUGGAUAAUAGUUAGUUAGCGCGAAAUGCUUGUGGCGAAUUGGUUCAUUGACGUAUUAGCCAAAUUUUUCAAUUUUGAAAUUUGGGCAAUUCUGUUAGGCCUGUUGGGGGUGGUAGUGUACGGCAUUUAUCAUUUCAAAUACAAGCACAUUAUCGAAGUAACCCGAAACAUACCAUCGCCUCCAUCCUGGCCUAUUGUGGGUCAUGGUCCAUAUUUCAUGUUCAAGCAACCCCAUGAAAUGGUUCAAACUAUGGCCUACUUGGAAGAAACAUAUGCAAAGCCUAUGAAAUUUAUUAAAAUAUGGCUGGGAACCGAGUUGAAUAUAGUCACAGGCGAUCUCAAAGAUUUGGAAAUCAUUUUGGGUGGCGUUCAGCAUUUGGAAAAGGCAGGUGAAUACAAAGCUCUGGCACCCUGGCUAGGUGAAGGCUUGCUAGUCAGCCAUGGUCGUAAAUGGCACCAGAGACGUAAAAUCAUUACGCCGGCUUUUCACUUUAGUAUCCUUGGUGAUUUUGCGCACAACUUUGAGAAGGAAAGCAGAAUCCUGGUACAAAGUUUGGAUUGCGAAUAUCGAAUGCAAACGGAGGCAGGAUUUUGUCUGGGUGAUCUGGUGAAUUUGUGCACAUUGGAUGCAGUAUGUGAAUCCGCCAUGGGUGUCUCAGUAAACGCCCAAACAAAUGCCGACUCUGAAUAUGUGAGAGCCGUCAAGACUAUUGCCAUGGUGUUGCAUAAACGCAUGUUUGACAUCAUAUAUCGCUUUAAUCUCACCUAUCGCCUUACCAAGUUGGCUCGCGAGGAGAAAAAGGCCUUAGCCGUACUUCAUGGUUUUACCGAGAAGGUAAUCAUUCAGAGGCGUGAGGAGCUUUUGAAGGCACAGCAGCAAACGGAAGAUCAAUCGACGAAUGCCGAUGCAGAUGUGGGUUCAAAACGUAAAAUGGCCUUUUUGGACAUUCUUUUGCAGUCGGAAAUUGAUGGCAAACCCCUGAGUAAUUUGGAUAUACGUGAAGAAGUGGAUACGUUCAUGUUUGAAGGCCAUGACACCACCUCAUCGGCGAUAACCUUCUGCUUUUACAAUCUAGCCCUCAAUCCGGAAUGUCAACGCAAAUGUUUCGAAGAAGUCAUUCAGGUUUUGGGCAAGGAUAAAUCAAAGCCGGUGACCUUUGAGGAUCUCAAUAAUUUGCAUUACGUCGAGUUGUGCAUUAAGGAGACAUUGCGCUUGUUCCCCUCGGUUCCCUUGCUGGGCAGGAAAAUCACCGAAGAGUGCGAAAUAAAUGGUAAAAUUAUUCCCGCCGGCACCAACAUUGGCAUCUCUCCCCUGCAAUUGGGCCGCAUGGAAGAGCUUUUCCCCGAACCCAACGUCUUCAAGCCGGAACGUUUCGAGGCUGGCUUUAGCAGUGAAAAAGUGAGUCCCUAUGCCUACAUUCCCUUCUCGGCGGGUCCCCGCAAUUGCAUCGGGCAAAAGUUUGCCAUGCUGGAAAUAAAAACCGUGCUUGCCAAUGUCUUGCGCCACUAUGAGGUCGACUAUGCGGGCAACAAGGAUGAGGAGCCGCUGCUCAUAGCAGAAUUGAUCUUGAGAACCAAAGAUCCACUCAUGUUCAAAAUAAAACCCCGAGUUUAUUAAAUGCCGUUGCUUUGCAGUUUCA